ACAGCUGUUUACGCCAACGAAUAGGAAGCCUUUGCCUCCCAACGGUUGCUUCCGGGUUGUCUUAGGAAGAAAUCCUCUCGAAUUUGAAGCUUGUUUUUAUCUUCUCAGAAAAAAACAGCUAAAAGCUAAGUGUCCAUAAAACGUUUAGAAAAUGAACAGAAUAUUCGGACGCGGGAAGCCCAAAGCGCCUCCUCCGAACCUGUCGGACUGUAUUGGCAAUGUGGAUGCAAGGGCAGAGUCCAUAGAAAAGAAGAUUGGCAGACUAGACGCUGAACUUUUGAAGUACAAGGAUCAGAUGAAAAAGAUGAGAGAUGGGCCCUCGAAGAACAUGGUGAAACAGAAGGCAAUGAGGGUGCUGAAGCAGAAGAGAAUGUAUGAAGGUCAAAGGGACCAGCUGGCUCAGCAGUCUUUUAACAUGGAGCAGGCAAACUACACGAUCCAGACGCUAAAGGACACCAAAACAACAGUGGAGGCCAUGAAGAUUGGUGCAAAGGAAAUGAAAAAGGCUUACAAGGACGUCAAGCUUGAUCAGAUUGACGAUUUACAGGACCAACUGGAGGACAUGAUGGAAGAGGCCAACGAGGUGCAAGAGGCCCUGAGCCGCAGCUACGGCACUCCAGAGAUAGACGAGGAUGAUCUCGAAGCAGAGCUGGACGCACUGGGUGAUGAGCUGCUGCUGGAUGAUGACAGCUCCUACCUGGAUGAGGCCUCAGCUGCCCCGUCUAUCCCUGAGGGAAUCCCCAGUGACAGCAAGACAAACAAGGAUGGUGUUUUGGUGGAUGAGUUCGGCCUCCCACAGAUUCCUGCCACAUAAACAAGGAAUGGAUAAAAACAACUGCACUUCACCUGAAAACACUUUUAUAUGUAGAGUAACAUUUAUACAUGUAAAAACCGUUUGACCCGAGAACACUACGAUUUUGAAGCUGUCCUGGUGUUGGGUUGUGUAUUGUUACUACUACUGUACUAGCAUGUGGCCUUGUAACAUACGAAACUUUUUAAAAAAUACUCCUCCCUUUUCUCCCCUUCAGCCUCCUGUCUAACACUUGUCAGUCUCGUGCAUCGCCGAUGUGACCUAGUAUCGAUUUUUUUUUUUAUUUGUUACUAGUUUUGUGUUGUUUAGUGGAGAUGAUUCCCACUGAGCCUGCUCAAAAUGUCUGCGGGUUAUUUGAAACAUGCUAAAUAAAUCAUGCGUUAUA